AAAAUAUAAUGAUAUGAAUAACAAAGAUAAUAACAGCAAUAACAAUAAUAAUAACAAUUAUAACAAAAAUAGCCAAGAAAUAAUUCAUUUUUUAAUUUUAGAAAAUGAAAAUUUCACCAAAGAGAAUAAAGAGGAAAUUAUAAACCAAAUUAAAAAUCAAUGGUUAAAUGGAGAUGGAACCAAUAAUAAAUGCACACCAAUAGAGUUUAUAAAAUGUUUAAAUUUAGAAAUCAAUAAAAUUCAAUUUAGUGAAAACAAUGAAAAUAAAAUAUUGUUUUUAUUAUUUAUUUUAUAUGAACUUGUUAAUAGUUAUUUAUCACUCCAUAUAAUAGAGUCUCAAGAAUUAUUAAAUUAUUAUUACGAAAAGCUUUCUAUCGAUACCAAUAAAUCAAUAGCACCGCCAUCCACAUCAGCAUUAAUGGGAGGUACUUCGAUAGACUUGUUUAUUCUAUUAUCUUUAUUAAAGUUUCCAUCAUUUAAAAAACAAAUUUUCGAAAUUUUAAGUCAUCUUAUUAAAGAGUCAUACAAUAGUAAAAUAGAUAAUAGUAAAAACAAUAACAAUAAUAAUGACAAUAACAAUAAUGGUUUUAAAGAAAUAUUCUUCCAAUCAAUUAAUUUUUUAAUAGUAGUUUUAAAGAUGGAGUCAAAUAAUAGUAGUAUUGUUUUUUCAGAUUCAUUUUUAGAAUUAUUAAAUGAUGUAUUUUUACUUUUUGAAGUAUUACAAACUGAUCAAAUCCAACAACAGCAAGUACAGCAACAGCUUUUAGACACAGUUUCAAAUAAUUAUCUAUUCAAAUUUUCAGUAGAUUGUUUAAAAUUUAUUUAUUAUAAAAUGAACGAUCAAGUUUGGAAAUUGUUUUUAUUUAAAUAUUAUUUUCAAACAUAUCACUUAACCAAUCAGUUUUCAUUAAUUCAUAAUAUUGUAUAUAGUUGUAUAUUAGAUAUACUAAAUUAUUCACUCAAUCAAAAUUUAAAUAUUGAACAAAGUUUUCAAGAUGAGAAUAUUUUAAACAGUACCACAGAAUUGUUAAAAGAAAUAAUUUAUAAAUUAUUAAUUAAACAAGAAAGAGAAGUUGAAAUUGAUAAUGAUAGUUUUGAAAAUCUAAAGUCACUUUCUUUAAUAAUUCAAAAUUAUUUAGUUGUUGAUUCCAUUUUUGAACAGGUACAAAAUUCAAUUAUCAAAGUUAACCUUUUAUCAACAAAAUAUUUUAAUUUAGCAUCGUUUUUUUAUAUAAAUUUAUUUUCACAAUUUGACAUUAUAAAUAAUAGUAAUAAUAAUAUUCUCUUAUCAAAAAAGAAUCAAGAAGUAAUCAUUGCACAAAUAAAUAACAUUAUUUCAAUUUCAAUCUAUAUCCCAUCAUUCCAUUCAUAUUCAAUAUUUCAGUAUAUAUUAACAAUAUUACAAAAACAAAAAGAUUCAAUAAAGAAGAAUAAAUCAUUAAAUAAUAAUAAUAGCAAUAACAAUAAUAAUUUAUUAAAAGUAUAUAAUCAACUUUUAAAACAUAUUUAUGAUAAAUUAAAGAAAUCUUGCUUUUCAGAAAUAAAUAAUUUAGAAUCAACAGCAGCAACAACAUCAACAUCACUUUUAUUAACACAAAAACCAUCAUCCCAAUCAUUAAUAACACAAAAAAUAGACUUUAUUAAAAUUAUAAAAAAUAUUGAUUUAUCAAUUGAACCAAUUCAUUUUUACUUAAUCAUUCUUUUUACACUCCCUCCAUUUAAACAUCCAUCACAACUAAUAUGCCAGAGCUUAGUGAAUGAUCUUUCAAAUAUAGAUUCAAUUGUUGAGUUAUUAUCAAAAGUUUCAGAUACAAAUGAUCAUAAUUUAUCAACUAUUCAAAAUAUAAUUAUUAGAGUUUUAUCACCACUAUAUAACUAUUUAAUUAAUUUAUACAGUUUUAAAGAUAUAAAUAAAUGUAUAAAUCUUUCAUUUAGCUAUAUUACAAUUUGCGAGAUUUUUAAAACUGAAAGAUCAAGAGAAAUCAACGAUAACAUAAGUAAUUACAACACACUAAGUUUAAAAACAAUUUCAACAAUUUUGGUCAAAUUUAUUGAAAAUUAUUUACUUUAUAAAGAAUCUGAUAUGGAUGACAAUUAUAAUAAUAAUGACAACAAUAGUACACCAAGUUUAAAUAUAGUUUCAUAUUGUUUAGAGCUUUUGGUUUUAAAUUUUGACAAAUAUCUAAUAAUUAAUAAUAAUGAUAAUAAUAAUCAAAAUAAUAAAGAUAUUGAAGAACUAUUCGAAACACUAUUACUUUUAUAUCAUAUAAUAUCAGAUAGAUCAGAUAGUAAUUUUAUAGUUUUAUUAAAGUUUAAUCAAAUAUUAACUUGCCAGUUACAAUUAUCAAAAUCACCAUAUCCAUUAGUACAUUCAACCUAUAAUAGUUUAGAAGAUGAUAGAUUAGAUAACCCAGUUUAUAUAAUGAAGUUGGCUUUAAUUGUAUUUUAUAAACUUUUAGAUUCAUCCGAUCCAAGAAAAUAUUCACUCAAAUCAUGGAACUACUUAAAUAACAAUAUAAAUUCAAUUAAACAACUCUUAAUACCAGUUUAUAAUAAUAGCAAUAUUGAAGAAUUACAAAUUCAAAAUAAAUCAUUAAAUAUUAUUUUAAUUUUAUACUUUUUGGAUAGAAUUGAAAGUGAAAAAAAUAAAACACUUUUAGUUCAAUAUUUAGGUAUAAUAGUAUUGCUAUUAAAAUUAAAUAAUAUCAAAGAUAUUCAAAAUCAUAGUAGUUUAAUAAAUAAUCAACCAAUAGUAAACAAAAUUUUUACAACUUUAUCAAAUAUAUUCAACGAGCCAGAAUUAAAAGAAGAAGAGAAAUCAACAAUAUUCAAUAUAUUCGAAUAUAUAAAUGCCUCAAUUCAAAGUGUAGCCUUGUUCGAUAAUGAUCAACAAAAAGAAUAUUAUAAAAUUCAAAAGGAUUUAGCUAGAGAUAGUUUAUUCGAAGUUUCAAUUAAGCUUUUAUUCAACUCGACCAUUCAAGUGAAUAGAGAGAAAUAUGAACAACUUUUAGUGGUCGAAAAUGAUAAAAACGCUCCAUCAUCAGUAACAACACCAAGUAAAUCAAAAUCAAAAUCAAAAUCAAAAUCCUCUUUGAUACCCGACACUGUUAUAGUAUUGCCACCAUCAAAAUUAUUGAUAGAUUCAAUUAUAGUUUCAAUUGUUUCAAAUUUCCCAAAUACUAUAACAAGCCAAAAGUCAAUUUCAUCAUUAAAUCAUCUUGGUGAAACUAUAUACAUUCAUUUAUUUGACUACAUAAAUUUGGAGUUAUUAGAGAAAUAUAUUUAUUUGUUUGUAGAUAUAUUUUUCCCACUAUUGAAUAGUUUUUCACAAAGUCCAAUGGUUUUAGAUCAGCUUUCAAUAUCAAAAUCAAAUUUAUCACCUCCAGCUUCACUAAGAGAAAUCUUUCAAUUAAAUCAUCAUAAUAGAAUUAAAACAACCUUAUCAGAAAAUAUUUUAGAUUUAACAAAUAAUGAAAUUAUAAAAGAUUUGGUUUUAGGUGACAAUAAUAACGAAACAUUAGAUGUCUUCAUAAAAAUGAUUUGUCGAACGUUCUACACUACAACUUAUUUAUUGGGUGACGAUCACAGCUACCAUUUAUCAAAAGGUUUCUUUGAAAAGUUAUACGAUUUAAUGGUAACUUUUAGAUUCAUUUAUUUAUAUUUAUUAGGUACAAUAGACCAAGAUGAAGAAAUUCAAUUAAUCGAAAAUAAUAAUCAUGAAAAGAUGAAUACCGAUUAUGACAAUAACAACAACAAUAAUGAUGAUAAUGAAACAGAUAGCAUAAACCAUCACCAAGAUCAAUUAGCUAAAAUUAAACAUCAGCAUCAACAACAUUUAUUAAGACAACAACAGUUAAGAACACCUCCACCAUCAAAUAAUAAAAAGAAAAAGAAAAGAAAAUCAUCUAUUGCAAAAUCCCCUCAAAUCCAAACUAAUUUAAAUUCAAUUAAUCAACAAAAUAGAAUAAGAAGUAGACAUCCUUUUAUUGAUUCCUGUCUUAGAACAAACCAAGAAAAUGUCGACAGUAAUAAUAAUACCAAUAAUAUUGACACCUAUGCAGAUCUAGAGGACUUUAUUAUUGUAAAAAAAGUAAUUUACUUUUUUGGUAUUUAA